AGUGUCGCUGCUGCCGUUCCGAGCUUCACUUCCAACACAAGCGCAUCAGGGAACGGAGAUACACACUUCUACUGGGGGAGAAAAUUAGAAAAACAAGAAAAUACAUUUCAACAUUGCUGUGAUCGUUUGUGGAUUCCCCCCCUCCCCGUGUUUUCUGCAUUGGACAGAUUCCUAAAUGGCUUGGAAAAGCGCUCUCGCAGAAAUAAGAGGAAAGGCUUGAUAUAAGGACGAAAAUUAAGCUUCUCCGUGCCCGUGUGCGAGUGAGUCAGACUCUCAUAUUUCAGUCCUUGCUCCUCCAAGCUAGGGUCCCGAUAUGCACUCGUCGAACAGUUAAUACCGAGAGAGGGGAUAUUUUGCAUAAGUUUUUGAAGAUUGCUGUUACCGCAGCUGGUGAAGUUCGCUUCAAAGGCUUUAUUUUUGGAAGCUUGGAGGUUUGUUCGGAAAGUCCAAGGAAAUGGGGGAACAGCCGAUCUUCACCACCAGAGCUCAUGUCUUCCAGAUUGACCCCACGACCAAGAAGAACUGGGUGCCUGCCAGCAAGCAGGCAGUCACCGUCUCCUACUUCUACGACAGCACACGCAACAGCUACCGGAUCAUCAGCGUCGAUGGAACCAAGGUGAUCAUCAACAGCACAAUCACCCCAAAUAUGACCUUCACCAAGACAUCGCAGAAGUUCGGCCAGUGGGCGGACAGCAGGGCGAACACGGUCUUCGGUCUUGGCUUUGCCUCAGAGCAGCAGCUAGCCAAGUUUGCUGAAAAAUUCCAGGAAGUCAAAGAAGCAGCAAAACUAGCAAGAGACAAAUCUCAAGAAAAAAUAGAAACCUCAAGCAAUCAUUCCCAGGAAUCUGGGCGAGAGACCCCCUCCUCCACACAGGCCUCCAGCAUUAACGGCACGGACGACGAGAAGAUUUCGCACGGCGGGCCCGUGGACACACAGCUGAAGAGCGAGAACGACCGGCUGAAGACGGCGCUGGCGCAGGGCUCUACCAAUGCGAAGAAGUGGGAGACGGAGCUGCAGACGCUGAGGGACAGCAAUGCCCGGCUGAUAGACGCGCUGCAGGAGUCCGCGAGCAACGUGGAGCAGUGGAAGAAGCAGCUGGCGGUGUGCAAAGAGGAGAGCGAUCAGCUCAGAAACAAGAUCACGGAGCUGGAGGCCCAGUGCGCCGAGGCGAACCUGGAGAAAGAGCGCAACGUGCAGCUGGGCGUGCGAGUGAGAGAACUGGAGUCGGAGCUCCAGGAGAAGGAGCAGGAGCUGGAAAGCCUGAGGAAGCAGGCAGAAAUCAUCCCACAGCUCAUGGAGGAAUGUGAAUCUGUCUCUCAGAAACUUCAGGCUGCCGAAAGGAAAAAUAAAGAUUUGGAAGACAGGAUGGAGACACUACGGGCAGACAUCGACGAGAGCCACCACAAGCAGGGCCACCUCAAAGUGGAACUGAAGAAGUUCCUGGAUGUUCUCGAUGGGAAGAUCGACGAGCUGCACGAGUUCCGACAAGGACUGUCUAAAUUAGGGAUCGAUAACUGAGCGAGUGGAUUUCAAGAGCUGUAGGCGACGGAGAUAAUUCAUCAGGGCCUCAGAUUCAUGUGACACCAGUCCUCAAGCGUGUUUCACGACAGAAAAAGCUUAACAAGAAAAAGCAACUGAAUGACUGCAGUGUUCCACUCGUUUGCAUCUUCUUGUGUAGAGGUUCUGAAUUCACUGUUUGAGUCUGAGUUGGUUCUUGCUGAGAAGCACCCUGCCGAGGAGAAAAGGGGGUUUGUUUGCUGGAUAGGUGGAGGAUUUAGUCUUGGAUUUCUGGUAAAAAACCAAUAUCUAAGGAAUAUGCAGUUAGAAUUUUUGCAGGGUAAAAAAAUGUUUUUCUUAAGGGCUGAGGGAAUCAUGGGGCAAAAUGUACAGUUUCACACAAGUAAUAAUCAAUUUAAUGUUAUUCACAGUGAGAUCUGAAAUAUACUGGCAACCUCAGAAACAAAAGACCUUGUCAGCGAUUUAUGGGCAGUGAACUCAGGUGAGCUCUCAGGCAGUUUUCACUCUCUGAUAUGCACAUACUUUAACUGCACAGUGUCACAAAGUGCCUCCGUUGAGUCUCUCUCGACUGAAAGUAAAAACCUUUCAGCUGGCAAGAAGUCACUUUUCUAAUACUAACUUGAGACUCAAGGAUCUUUAUUAUUGCUAUUAUUUAUUUUGCUACCUGACAGACACAGAAUAUUUUCCAUUAAAUUUGAAAGUGUCUGGUUUCAUCUGGAACAUUUAAAACAAAUGAAGCAGGUGUUGGGUAAACAGAUGUGCAUAAAAUGAGUGGAACUAAUGUGAAUCAUCAGUUACUUUCUUUUUUAUGAUAGUGGUUUUAGUGUCAGGUAACAAAGACUAGUACUACUAAUACGGCAGCAUCAGUGAAAGUUCCAUAAUUUUUUAAUAGUCAGAAUAAAUCACAUCUUCAUUGAAGUCUUAGCACAGAUAUGAACCAGUGAAACCGUCACACAUUCUAAUGUUUUAGAUCAAAGAUUUAGGACCAUUAUGAAUGGAAUUUUCCAAAGCUACUUUCUUCUUACAUGUCUCAUAAAAGGAAGCAAUAGAAUGUAGUUUGGAAGCUUUGGUAAUAAUUCACCGGUGCUUUGAAAACAGUUUGCAGGAUUGUAUGUGCAUAAGACAGGAAGGAAAGGCCUUUAUUGUAAAAAGACCUUACUUGAUCAAUGAGUAGUUUUGAAGCAGGCCAUAGUUUAAUGAAGUAUUUUUAAACUAUAUUGAGAUGACUACUGGAAUGAAACACCCAAAACUAGGACAGUCACUUAAUGAGCAAGUAAUGUGUUUGGAGGAUUUUGCAUGUAUAGUGUCUAAUGGAAUUUUGUUUUUUUGCUUGGAGCGUAGAAGAAAAACAUGUCUUUGAAUAAGUAUUGACACCUGUGAAGAAUGUGCUUCCCACAUGAAUUUGUUUUAAUGGUGAUGAUAGAAGAAGGGUAUUUCCUGCUGCAAGACUGUGGAAUCGUAAGUGCUGCCACAUCUGAGAAACAGAAGCCAUGAGCCUUUGGAAAAGUCCCGCGAAUGAAGUCGUUUUCUGAGCUUUUCAUUGUGCCUGGUGCCUUUAGGUGUGCUGUAGAACUGGUUAGACCCCCAGACCCAGAGAAUUGACUGCAUUUCUUAAAGUUCUCUGAGAGUACAGUGCUUUCAGUUUCAUGCUUGAACAUUGAGAUACUUGGGUCAGGAAAACAGUUUAUUUGCUAAAAUCAUUUUUGAAAUGAAAGGUUCAUGCCACAGCUGUGCUAAUCUAAAUUCUCCAGCUCAGUUCAUUCGUUGGGUGUUUCUCACUCACGGUGCUUAAGUAGCUCUGUAUUUCUGAAAAUCUAAAGCCUUGUGUUUACCCAUCUGAUGCAGUGCAAUGCUGUAUUUGAAUAUACCAGUCAGAGAACAUCAACUGGACAUCGUAUUAUAGAAGAACAUGUGUGGGAAACACUCACUUGAUUUUAGAAAUGUACAUUUUUAUCACAUUCAGCAGUUUAUGACACAAUCAAGCUAGUGUUUGCUACAGAGGUACUACUUCUCUCCCUUCUCCAAUUAUACAUAGUUCCUCAUCUCCAAGUGCUGGAAUCAGUGUGUGUUAACUGUUUUAUCCAAGUCGUCUCUAAUAGUACUACAAUGUGAGUACAUUUGGGUUCUUUCCAUCCCUGUAAAAAAGGAUUUGCCUUUUGUGGUUUAUAUUCAAUUUAUUGUAUCAUAUAGAGUUGUUUAUCGUUAAAAUAUAGUUUAAUUAAAAGA